AAAUCAGAUGCAUUGUCCGUGUGCACGAAGAAAGAAGCCAAAGCGGGGCUGUCGAACCCCACGAGACCAUCAUCCAGAAGGGUUUUCAUAAAAAGGGAAGAUGCUCAUUCUGUGAAGUCAUCACAAAACAAACUAUCUGCUAAUCACUCAUCCUGUGUCCCAUCGACCUCCCCGUGCUGCAUGACAGCUGAACAGUGUUUCCCUUCCAGCCCAGAAGCCUUCAUUUCUUCCCCCGUCUCCUUCAAAAGGAGCCUGCCGCUAGACUCCAGUGACGUCUCCCCGAGUGACCAGUUUGGCUUCAUAGACUCUCACUGUCAUCUGGACAUGCUGUUUGCUAAGCUGAGGUACAGCGGGACAUUCCAAAGCUUUCGGAAUCGCUACAGGAGCAGCUUUCCUGCCAAAUUCCAGGGCUGUAUUACAAAUUUUUGUAAUCCACGCCUCAUGGUGAGGGACGGUUUGUGGGAAGAUCUGCUGGGUGAAGAGUAUGUUUGGGGAGCUUUUGGGUGCCACCCCCACUUUGCCCAUGAGUACACACCAGCCCGCGAGCGGAGCAUCCUGCAGGCCAUGCAGCAUCCAAAAGCUGUGGCGUUUGGCGAGAUGGGCCUGGACUACUCGCACAAAAACUCCACUGCUGUCUCUCAACAGAAACGGGUUUUUGAGACUCAGCUGCGUCUGGCUGUGUCCAUGAACAAGCCUUUGCUGAUCCACUGCAGGGACGCAGAUGAUGACCUGCUGGAAAUCAUGAGGAAGUGCGUCCCCAGAGAUUACAAAAUCCACAGGCACUGCUUCACCAACAGUUAUCCUGUCAUCGAGCCCUUCCUCACUGAGUUCCCCAAUCUGUAUGUUGGAUUCACAGCUGUCGUCUCGUACCCGAACGCUGCUGAUGCCCGAGAUGCAGUUUGCAAGAUUCCUCUCAGCAGGAUCGUGCUGGAGACAGACGCACCGUAUUUCCGCCCUAGACAGGUACACAGAGAUCUGUGUCAGUUUGCACAUCCUGGAAUGGCCAUCCACACGCUGCAGGAGAUCAGCCUGCUGAAGGGAGACGACAUGGCCACAGUGCUCGGGACCAUCCGUCGGAACACCACUCAGCUCUACGGCAUAUGA